AUGUUUGGUUGGUCAAUCCAGCGAUGGAGCCCCUGCUCUUUCUAUAGGGCAUCACUAGAGGCAGAGUUGUCCCUUCAGCAGUUGGCUGUUCCAAAGGCCCUCCCCUCCCCUCAGACUCCUCGUGUACGGGCCUCCUUACGUCAACGGGCCUCCUUACGUCAACGGCCUCCUUACGUGGCAACCAGCUUGGUGGCCAUCAUUGUUGCGUUGUCUGCAAUACCUAAUUCCAAUAGCAACGCUGUUGGGAUACCAACUGGUGUCAUGUCUGCCACCAGAAAUGGAGAUCCUACCGAUGAAGGCCAAGAGGGCCGGGUGAGCUCCACUGGAGACUGGGCCCAAAUGGCUCAAGAGGGUGAGGGGAUGGGCGGUGGCUCCGGCCCACAAGAGUGCGAUGUGGCACCGGUGGCUGGGGAAGCUGAAGUCCCUGGGCCUGGGGAGGUGGAGGCCAUAGAGGCAGAGGGAGGCCCCGAGGAGGAGGAACGUAGUGAGCAGGCCGUAGUCCUCGCCCAAAACUUGGAGGGCAGUAAUAACGAUGAGGAUUCUGACAUCGGGCCCGCUGAGGAGGAGGGGGGGGACCAGAAUAUAAGCCAUGGCCUUAUAGUGGAUGCCCGCCAAUUCCCCAUGGUUGGCUUCCGGUUCAUGUUUCUGGACUUGGUCCACACUCUCCUACAUCGUCUCCACUACAACGACCAUAUCCUUAUCCGGUCUGACCACCACGUAAUAGUGCGACCCCGCCCUCCUGCCCCCGAUGGCUCUGGCGAGUUGCUGGCACUCUCCGUACCCCAGCGGCCCAGGGUAAUGGCUGCAUCCCUAGAGGGUGAAGGCGAGGGCCCAGGUCCUGGUUUGUCUCGAGCAUCCUCAAUCCUGGCGCUGGAGGAACCAAGAGAGGAAAUGGCAGCAGCCUUGCAUUCUGAUGAGCCAUUGGAGGAAGUGCCGGUGGUGAUCACAGAACAGGAGGCUGACGAGAAGGUAGAAGAGAUGACAGUGGGGAUUGCAGACAAAGUGGUAGAGGAGCCAGCAAAGGACAGCGUGGAGUAUGUCACUCUCUCCAGUGGUAAGAAACAGUGUGCAGAGGCCAAAGAAAUAACUCAAGAGCAGGGUGAUAACCAUAGUGAGGACAAAGAGGACAUUGAAGAGGAGGAUAAGGAAGGAGCAGAGGAAGACACAAAGGAGGAAAACUAA